AUGGCCGACAUGACCGGCGAACAGAUGCAGGCCAAGAUUACCGCGGCCAGGCGCGAAGCUGAGGGUUUGAAGGACAAGAUCAAGCGUCGCAAGGAUGAACUGGCCGAUACCUCCCUUCGCCAGGUUGCGCAGAACCAGACAGACGCCCUCCCCCGAAUUGGCAUGAAACCGCGCCGGACGCUGAAGGGCCAUCUUGCGAAGAUCUACGCCAUGCACUGGUCGACCGACCGCCGCCAUCUCGUUUCGGCUUCGCAGGACGGAAAGCUCAUCAUCUGGGAUGCCUACACCACCAACAAAGUUCACGCCAUCCCUCUGCGAUCCUCCUGGGUCAUGACCUGUGCCUAUGCGCCGAGCGGAAACUACGUUGCCUGCGGUGGUCUGGACAACAUUUGUUCCAUCUACAACCUGUCGUCACGCGAAGGUCCCACCCGUGUCGCGCGCGAGCUCUCCGGCCACUCAGGCUACCUCUCCUGCUGCCGCUUCCUCAAUGACCGCCGCAUCAUUACCUCCUCCGGCGACAUGACCUGUAUGCUGUGGGAUAUCGAGUCGGGAUCCAAGGUUACCGAGUUUGCCGACCACCUGGGCGAUGUGAUGUCGAUCAGCAUCAACCCGACCAACCAAAACAUCUUCGUUUCCGGUGCUUGCGAUGCCUUCGCCAAGCUGUGGGAUGUUCGUACCGGCAAGGCCGUGCAGACUUUCGCCGGCCACGAAUCCGACAUCAACGCCAUCCAGUUCUUCCCCGACGGAAACGCCUUCGGUACCGGUUCCGACGACACUUCCUGCCGUCUGUUCGAUAUCCGUGCCGACCGCGAGCUCAACAUCUACCAGAGCGACCAAGUUCUGUGCGGCAUCACUUCCGUCGCCUUUUCCGUCUCCGGCCGGUUACUGUUUGCUGGUUACGACGAUUUCGAGUGCAAGGUUUGGGAUGUUCUGCGCGGCGACAAGAUUGGUUCGCUGAGCGGCCACGACAACCGUGUGAGCUGCCUGGGUGUGAGCAACGACGGUAUCAGUCUGUGCACUGGAUCUUGGGACUCUUUGCUCAAGGUCUGGGCCUGGUAA